UCCAACAGCCACAGUUGACUCCUGGUGUUUGCAAAAGCAGAAGAGUUGAAGAGCCUCCUCCGCCUUUAGCAUGAAAAUGACUGGCAUUAAGAUCGUUUUGCAAUUGGCUGCAGUUGCUCUGGUGUGCAACAUGGACUCGGCGAUUGCUGAGCCUCUUCCUGUUGCUCUUCCUCUUCCUUUUCCUGACCCUGUAGCUCUUCCUCUUCCUCUUCCUGACCCUGUAGCUCUUCCUGUUCCUGGUCCUGAUGCUCCUCCCGUCUCUCUUCCUGAUCAUCCUCUUCCUCAAGAAAACGCCAGCUGCGAGGGAGUGGUCUGUCCCUUGAUCGAAAUUCCCGGCUGCAUUCCAAGGAUGGAGCCGGGAGACUGCUGCCUAGACUGGUCGCAUUGCAAGCCGAGGUUGUGAGAACGUCGCCCUGAACAGCUGAUCUUGACCCAGACCUUUUCUCCUGAAACUGAAUAAAUGGUUUAGUUGCUGCGGUA